CCAGCAAUGCGGCAGCUGUGAAGAAAACAACACAGCAACUCAUUACUGUUUUGGGUGCCAGAGCUUUCUAUGUACACCUUGUUUUGAAGCUCAUCAGCGCAUCAAGGCCACAAGAGGUCACAGAAAUAUCUCUGUCGAGAAUUUGCAGGCAGACGAUAUGGAAGAGUUGAUUCGCAGACCAGUUAUGUGCUCAGAGCAAUACCACCAAGAUCAGCCACUUGAAUAUUAUUGUCAAGAUUGUAACGUUUGCACCUGCAUAAGGUGCAGUGUUGUGAGUCAUAAUCGACACACUCUGGUUGAUAUGCAGAAAGCUGCAGAUGAACAAAAGAUGCAUAUACACGAGGCUUUAAAGAAAAUGGAAGCGAAAGUUGUUAUUUGUGAAAAUGAAAUGAAGGAGCAAACUGAAUUAAUACACAAAAACAAAACACAAAUAUCUGCUGCCAGAGAGAAGAUGAACGAAACUGUGAACGAUUGUAUUCGCUUAUUGACAGAGCAUAAGGCUAUGAUGGAUGUGAAAUUCGAUGAAAUUAAUCAAGCACAGCAAAAAGCUCACGUAGCACACCUGGAAGACUUCCAGCUUGCUGUUGCUCAGUUGAAAAGUUCUCUCGAACAAGCGGAGAAAAUCUUAGAAAGGAAUAUCGAUGUUGAAAUUUUGCGAACGCAGCCAGUGAUUAUUGGACGCUGCGAGGACCUUUUAAACGCAAAAAAACCUGACAUUUAUAAACCACCACGUGUUAAUUAUGUAGUAGAGCACAAAAUGGAUAUUUUGGAUCGAGUUUUAGUAAACCAUACAGAUUCAUCAUCGACACUUGUCAAAGGACUUUGUGAGAAGGUAAAAGAACAGAAUGAGACAUGUUUUACUAUUAUCACCAGGGAUUCAGAAGGAAGACAGUGUUAUAAUAAGGAUGAUCACAUAAACUGUGACUUUCACACUUCAACAGGGGAUAAGUCGCAAAUGGAUCUAAAGAUCGAGAACGAGGAAGAUGGUAGUUAUAGAGUUAAAUACACACCAGAUCAUAGCGGAUUAUAUGACGUAAAAAUCGAAGUCAAUGGACAUCCGCUGGAUGGAAGCCCAUGGACUGUUCAGGUCAUCCAUCAUGAGUAUAAGUUGAAGUUCAGCUUUGGUUCAUGUGGCACGAGAGCAGGGAAUUUUCAUUAUCCGUGUGGUGUUGCUGUAAGUGAGAAAACAGGAACUAUUGCCAUUUCUGACUAUUGGAAUGAUAGAAUACAGCUCUUUAACUCCAAAUGGAACUUCCUGAAUGAAGUAAGACUGGGGACGCCUUGUUCAUCAGUAAGCUUUACCGAGUCAGAUCAAAUUAUUGCCGCUACCCCACAGGAUGAUAAUAAAAUUUGUUUGUUUGCUGAAGACGGUAAAUUUGUCCAGCACAUCAGCAGUAUGCACUUACAGUGUCCUUUCCAUAUAUCUGUGGGAAAGGGUGAUUGCAUUAUCACAAGUGAUCCAGUAAAUCAUGUCUUCGGGGUCAUCUCCCCCGACGGGACAGAAUUACUAAAACGUUUCCGCGCCUCAGAACAUCAUGAUUCAAUAAAGUGCACAAUCUACCACGAGGAGAAAUUCUUUGUCUCUGAUCGUGAGGCUCACCGUGUUGGUGUUUUUGACGAAUACGGAAAAUUGCUGUAUAACAUUGGCAGCGAGGAGUCUGGUGACGGACAUCUAGGUUCUCCCAUUGGACUCGCAAUAGACAUAUUCAACAAUUUACUUGUCUGUGAUGUUGAGAACAGUACAGUUCAAGUAUUCACACUCGACGGAAAAUUUGUCUCGAUGUUCGGACUGUCUCCAUUUGUACCACAUUAUGUUGCCGUAUCUAAAAAUGGAGAUGUUUUUGUAACUGAUCAUCAUAACCACUGUGUUCAUGUCUUUCACUAAGGCUGUAACGGAGAUAAAAGUUUCUGUGGUAAAUCUUUUAGUUUUCGUUUAAUGCGCGAUUAUAAGGGCAAAGACGCUUUUUAAUGGAAAGCAAUAAAAAUGCUCACAGUUAUGAGGGUUUGCCAUCGCCGUUAGUAAUUAGAAUGUUACGUGACACAGUGAAUUUCAUGAAUGGAUCUCAAAGGCGGGAAAGAAACUUUAUCACCUUCAGUAGAAAUAGGUGCAGAAAUGGCAAACUCGACCCACAUGAUUGCUAAUUAUGACAAAAUGAACUUAUUAAAACAAUUUAAUAAGGGGGGAAUAAGUUAGGAAAUAAGUGAUUUGAGUGAGACAAGUAAAAGGAACCAAAGCUAAAAAUAUUUAUUUUAAAAUAAUAUCACUGGACAAGUUUCUUUAGAAAAUCUUAUUACUAGGAAGGCCCCACUCAAUCGACGGUAAGUCAAAAGGACUAUCGAUUAUAUUAUCUCGUUAAUUCUGUUUUGGUUUAAUAGUAGCAGAUCAAUCAUAAUGAAUCAGG